UUCCAUCCACUGUACAAAAAUGCCAUUGGUGCAGCUUGUAAUGUGUCAUCCUUGUUACAGUGGCUCAUGUUGAAUUACUGAAUUGUGAGUCUAACAUGCACCGUGAAAACAUUCUGUUUCAUUUUUCAGAACUUAUCCUGAAAGACCGAUCAAGAGAAAUCUCAGGUGCAGCUCCACCUCCAUACAUCAGAAUUUUUACUGCCCCAGAGGACGGGGUGUUGCUGCAGUGUGAGGUUCGAGGUGCUUUUCCAAAGCCUAAGGUGAAGUGGCAGAGCAGUGAUGGAAGCAUCCUCCCUGCUGAGGAGCCACAUGUCUCUGAAAGAGGAGGACGCUCCAACAUUACCCUCCUCACCACCGUGACCAAGACAACGUCCAGCCACCUCCACUGUGUAGCCACACAGGAGGAUAUCGGCCAUGUGACUCAUGCUGAGAUCUAUGUGUCUUUCUCUGAGAGUACCCAGUGGAUCCCUGGAAUUUUGGUUGGAAUUGUUAUUGGAAUUUCUCUGACUGUUGUGGCUGUGAAGCACUGUGAAAUGUGUCAAAAAUACUCCAACUCCUACAAAGGUUUUGAUCCGCAGGCAAAGGGUUUGUAUUCCUGUCCUUCAGAUUGUGAUUGUCACCUUUACAUCUGAAAAUUGUGUGUGUGUGUGUGUGUGUGUGUGACUAUACAAUCCUCAGCCUUCAGGAGAUGCUUUAUCAAACUUGUAAUGGUCAGUUGUUGGUUGGACUGACUGAGUGGUUUUGAUAAAAUACAUAUUACAGUUUUUAUACAGUCUGGACAGGAAGUACUUGGACAGUUACACAUAUUUUGUUCUUCAGGCUCUUCAGCAGAUUCAAUUAGAAAUACAGUAAUGGAUACAACAUUAAAGUGCCAGGUACAAGCUUUAAUUUGAAUUGUAUAUAAUGCAGCUUAAAUGACCACGUCAGUACCACUCUGUCACAGAAUCAACAAAGAUUUAACAAGUUUCAUUAAGGGUAUCUUUUUAUUACAGAGCUUUGUUUGUUUGUUUUAAUUCAGUCAGAGCUCAGUAUAGAUUAACAUGUAUGUUGAGACUGAAUGACUUUUAUUACCACACUUUGCUUAGAAAACCAUGAUGUUUCUAAAUGCUCUUUGUAUUUCAUGGGUAUUUUCCGUUACUCUAGACUGUGGAAUCAUCAUAGUACCUAAAUGAAAGAGAUAGAGCUGCGUAGAAGUCAGACAGGGUACUAAAUAAUGAGAUAACAAAACUUAAUGAAGUUAAUUUUAAAAAGAUAUAUAUAUAUAUGAUUGGUUGACUCAAACCUAAAACUUCCAAAAGGUCAGAGGCUCAAACCAAAAAGGACCAUUAUCCUAAAUAAUCAGUGUUAUUGCUGUUAAACCAGCAGAUCACCUUCUUUCAGUGUUACAUUAAAAUCACUCUGGUUUUAGUUUGUAAAUCCAGUGAGAUAGUUAUAGGACAUCACUGAACUAAUGCUGUUGUAAAUACAGCAUGUGAUUGAAUUAUUUAUUUUACUUUGCACAUUACAUUCAGAUGCAGGAAAGUUUUAAUAUGUACUUCAUUUCUGAUGAGUUAUUGUAAUGCACUAACUAAAGCACUUUGAAUGAAUGACUAAAUAUAUUUAUGUAUGAAAUGUAUUCUGAAAGAUUUCAGAUGAUUUUUGUUAAGAUGGAAACAGGAGUUCUUUGUUGCAUUUGUCAUCUCAGCUAUAUGAUAAAAAAUAAAACUUGUCAAUCAUGA